AUGUCAAAUCCACCCGCUUCAUCUUCGCCUUCACGUGUCACUUUUGCGUACUUGACUCAUAGAAACCUUGGGACAGUCAAGAAACUCAAUUCGGUCUUGUUUCCCAUCAAGUACAGCGACAAGUUCUACCAGGAUAUCAUAGCUCCCGAGGUCGAAGACUUCUGCCAACUCAUCUAUUAUAACGAUGUCCCUGUGGGCAACAUCUGCUGCAGAUUAGAGAACAAAGAUCUGUAUCUCAUGACUAUGGGCGUCCUGGCACCAUAUCGCUCCAAACAGCUUGGCUCUCAGGCCCUGAAACGCGUUAUUAAGGCUGCUGCCUCUCACUCCAAACCCAAAAUCAGACGUAUAUACCUUCACGUGCAAGUUUCGAACACUGACGCCAAGAGGUUCUAUGAGAGACACGGCUUCAAAGAAGUGGGCAUCAAAGAGGACUACUACAAGAAGAUUAUGCCACGCGAUGCGUGGAUAUUAGAGAGGAUCAUUGAAUCUGAGGACAAACAGGACUAG